GCGGCGCCCGCUUUGACGAACCCCGCGGAGAGGGCGCUGAAAGUCCAACCUGGUGUCAGGAGGCCGUUCUACAUCAUCGGUCACAUGGUUAACUCCGUGGAAGAGGUGGACAAGUUUCUCAGCAAGGGCUGCAACGCUCUCGAGGUGGACAUCGAGUUCGCCGACAACGGUGCCGUGCUGGGGACGUACCACGGCGUACCAUGCGAUUGUUUCCGCAGCUGCUCCAAUCGGGUACCGAUCGCAGACUACCUGAAGCACGUCCGUAACGUCACCGCUUGGCGCGACUCCCCAUACCGGGGUCAAAUGAGUCUCCUUUUUCUCGACCUGAAGACGGCAAAACUUUCGAAAUACGCUAAACUCACGGCCGGUGAGACGCUGGCCCAGAACAUCAUCACGCAUCUGUGGAAAGGCGUGAACCCAAAGUACAGAAUGAACGUGCUGCUUUCCAUCGGCUACGUCAAAGACAGUGACGUCACCAGGGGUGCCCUCAAAAUUAUGCAGAAGAAGGGACCUGCGGAUUUCUUGAGCAAUAUUGGUUUCGACGUGGGAAUGAACGACCCCCUGAAGAACAUUGCGCAUAUGUACGAGACGCUGCGCAUCAAAGGUCACAGGUGGCAAGGCGAUGGCCUCUCCAACUGCUUGCGGUUCCUCAUGCCUGUGGAGAGGCUUAAAGCGGCGGUCGAGUUACGUGACAGCGAGGAUGGCUACGUCGACAAGGUGUACCACUGGACAAUCGACAUGCCUUUCUACAUAACGGACAGCAUCAGGCUCGGCGUCGACGGUAUCAUCACCAACAAUCCUUCCGAAGUGCUCCGUGUCGUCACAAGCAACCUCUUUCGAGAUAGCCUCAGGGUUGCCGACAUGGGCGACAGCCCGUGGCUGAAAAUUCGCCGGAGUGCUCUCCAGAUAAAACAGGAUGCGGUGCGCUCGGCUACAAGCAUUGUCGCCAGAGGGACGAAGGGAGAAUAGCCGUGCUGGCGGUGAACAAAUGUACAGUCUUUAAUUGUCUAAGCAGUAUUUGUUGUUCGAAGCAUUCAUUUGUCCAGUAACAAACUUAUAGCGAUUACUUUUGGUGCUCGUUUUCGUUUAAUGGACUUGAUUUGAUUGCAUAUUUACUAAAUUUGACCCCUUUUUUUCUGCCCUCUUGAUAACGUUUUACUUCCCACCUGCUAUUCCCUCAAUUUAAAGCAGCAGUACUGCAAAUAAAUAAUUUCAUUGAUUCGUUAUUAAUUUGUUUCUCGCCGCCCGUGGCACUUCAUGAUUACCGUGGCGCUCAAUCUUAAAGCGGAAAUAAUAUGUCUCACUUGACUUGUAGCGCCCUAGUGAUGGAGGGCACAACAAGAAAUACAGAAAAUGUGGCCAACAAAAGCACACAGCCAACGGCACAAUGUAUAUUGUCUGCAACUAAACACGAAACAUUAAACUGCAGCUGUUAAA